AUGCUCGCUAUACAGCCCUCCAAGCCCCAGAAGUGCACGCCAAACCUUCUCCCCGCACGCAUAAACCACAAUGGCCCUAUCCCUUCAACCUCACAAUACUGGAAGCCCUCCACCGAUGACAAGGGCACCCAACACGCUCACUUUCGGGGUCGCCACCUCCACGGCACUGUUUUGCCUCUCCCAGAAAAUUAUACCGGCGCCAUCCUCGCAGUCACCGAAAAGCAAUUACCGCAGUCGAGACGACCCACGGAGUCAGACGGUGACGAGACGAUGGAGGACGGAGAAGAAGAGACCAUACCCGUAGAAGUCAAGAUUGCAGAACAAGUGGGGAAAUUCGACGAGGUCGUUAUCUGGGGACACGGAGGGGAGGUGGACCCUGGACAGGACAUGUUUGUCAAGGGACUAAAAGAAUGGGUGGGAUUUGCAGAGAGCAUGCAUCUUGACGCGGACGACGAGACAAUCACAGAAGCGGAAACAUGGAAAGAAAAGAAGGGUUGA